AUGGAGGAUAAUUUUCUUACUCUCCCAACAAAAGAAAAUGUCGCGCUUCUGGAGAGUUCUUGCAGGAAUGCCUCCGGGAAGAGUUUCCUGGAUGGUGUCAAGCACAAUUCAUCGAUUGUCAAUCAAUAUUCAAUCACAAGGUAUACACCGAGUGAAUGGCAUCGCAGGAAUGAGGAAUUAUUUAGUCUGAGUCAGAAGGUUUCCCAGUUGAGUGUUAAAAAUGAGAAUGAUGUAAAGAAUUGUAUGGCUUCGAACUUCUCAAAGACUAAUAGAUCUCAACAGGAUAACACUACAAGGCUCAGUAGCCGAUGUCAUGAGAUCUUCACCUGGCAAACCAACCUGGAGCACGCAAUUCAGGCUCAGGUGGAUGAAAUUGCAAUGUUGGAGGAAGAGAGGCAUCGUCUGAAGAAGUCCAUGGCGAUUCUCAAGAUUCCAAAAGCUAUAAAUUCUGAAUGCUUGAGCCGAAGAUGUGCUCGUCCGGACAGCGAAUUGAUCCGAGAUGGACCUGAGGAGGAGCUCCUCAAGGAGACCGUGCUAAUAAAUGACAUCAGGAAAGUCCUGGAAAAGACACUGGAGGACAUUGAAGUUCAGCAGAGUGAGAAUCGAGCAGUGAAGCAUAAGUUGGAGUAUCACUGGAGCUGCAAGAAGGAAGCCUAUGCUACGGAUUCUGUCAAUCGAAGCCUGGAGAAUUCAUCAGGGACCAUCCAAUUCAAGCCAGGAGCUACUCAAUCAGUUGCUGAUCAAUCAACUGAAGAAUUCUGGAAUCAAUUUACAAGGGAUGUCUUGGAUGAAAGCGAAGCCACGAGACAGAAAUCUAUAAAACUGCGAGGAACUCUCCAGGAGAUUCUAGUGAAUGCCACUAGAGAUCUCAGGAAUCAGGCCGAUACAGUUGAACAAAUGUUUCAAUCCCGUAUUUCUUGUAUGGAUGAAGUGAGGACAAUGCUGGAGAAUGAUCUAAGCAAUAUACUACAGAAGCUGGCAGAUACAGAGACCCUAAUCUCGAAUCUCAAAGAUGCCAUCAGGAAUAUGGACUAUCCAAUGAAGGUUUCGCAGACGCGUCUGCAGAAUAGGAAUCUGUACAGACCACAAGUGGAGAAUUGCUAUGAUCGCUCCCAAGUGGGGCUUAUCAAUGAAGUUGGAAGCCUCCAGAGGAGUGUCUCUGAGCUAAAAGAAGCACUAAAAGCGGCAGAAGAUACCCAGAAACAACUCAUUGAGACAAGGACUGCCCUGGAGGCAGAGAUUAUGCUCAAGAGGCGCACAAUUAACAUUGAUAAGGACAGAUGCAAGCACAUCAGAACCUAUUUCCCAUCAGCCACUGCCCUCAGCGGGUAUAUUUAA